AUUGAGAAACACAUAAUGCAAAACUAGAUUCAGCUUCCUUGUAUAUUUGUUAGCUUCAUUUAAUGCAAUGGACUGAUUUACAGUGACAAAAAUUUAUUUGAACGCAGAUGCGCCUCCCUUUUGAUUUAAUUAUUUAAAGGAAUAGUUCAGUCAUAUUUAGUAACCUGUUGGUAAAGCCCUUAGAAAAGAAUUUAUAUUUCUGUUGAAAUUGCACAAAAACACGGAGAAAAGCAAAGAGGAUGGUGACAGAGAACUGGAGCCAAAAAGCAUUUGAAAAGUUAGGUGGCGGUGUACUUGAAAAGCUGUUCAAGAGCCGAAAAGUUUGUCAAAGAAGAAGAGACCACAUCCUCCCGAGCUCAGCUGGCGCGGAGAACAAAAUAUUUCGGGGGCGUUGGAGUUAUUUACAGAUUUAUGAUGGGGACCUCAGGAAAAAGUGAGGAAAUAAUCAUCCUCAGUGAUGACGAAGAUGAUAAAGACACUUCCUGCCUCAUUGUGGAAGUGGAAGCUGUGAAGAAGACCGGUGGUGUUUUACCUGUAAGCCCACAGGAUGAAGACCUGGUGGUCACCUUCUCCCGUCGGCCUGACGUGCUUCCUCACGCCCGUUACGACUGCCCCAUACACCCUUUUAUGCCUACAGAUUGUGAGAGGACUGCUCCGAUGGCCAAUAAUCAACUUAUUUGUGAUCAGUGCUUCUGCUACGUCUGCGACAAGCUGGCGUCACUGUGUGGAAUGUGGUGCUGCAGUGGAGCGUGUCACUGCAACAGCCACAACAAAAGUGACUUUUGGAAAAGCGUUAGGAACACGGCUCUGCUGGGGGAACUGCAGAGGUUCAACCUCACCCUGUCAGAAGUCGACCAUCAUCUUCGUAAUGCAGACACGAUGUUGCAAAGCUUCAGAGACGAACUGUCGGCUCUGUUUUCCUCCAUUACGUUGAAUCAGGCGAAGCUGCCAGAUUACAAAAUGGACCAGCAGAAUCUGAGCUCUAGGUAUAGACCUGUGCUUGAGUGUGUGACCCUGUUCCUGAAUAAAGCCGAGAAAAAGAACAGUCGGGCUGCAGCCAUCAUGCAUCUUGGAGCUGCUGAAGAGUUUAUGAGACAUUUUCAAGUGUUGGGGUUCAUGGGUUCAUCUUCAGCUGCUACAAUCUCUGAAACUAUAAUAAUAUUAUUGCACAGAGUAAUAUCAUCAGUACAGAGACGUAUAGUAAUGGGUGACAUUACGCCAUUGUUUAUGCAAAAACUGCAAACUUUUUACCAGAACAGGAUAUGUUUCCCAGCUGACAUGAGGCCGCUAAAAGACAGUCUGACCAUCCGACACUGGCAGGACGUCCUGCUGGUGUCGGUGCUGAAGGGGCAGAAUGUGUCGGGCUUCCGGAAGGACAAGGGCAAGAAGGACAUCCUGCUCGAAACCAUUUCUGUGGUUCUGCUGAGAACUGAACUGCUCCAGCUUCAGUCCAGGUACAGAGAGUUGUGUCGAUACCUGCGAGUCGUCCUGACUGAUAACACCACACUGUAUCGGCACCUCCAAGACCUCAUUCCUUUCUUCAAGUGUAAGUUGGGAGAGUUUGGGUCUGCAUUGGAAAGCCUCUUUCCCCCGGCCAGCCCCCCCGCCUCCCGCUUCACUCCGGCCAUUUUCCUCCUCUACCUCCGGAUAUUUGAGACGGCGACGGCACCGAGGUUGACGGUCAGUCAGCCGGAGCAUCUCUGCUUCGCUGGGGCAUCCUGGGAACCGAUUAACGAUGCUGUGCCACUGAAGAGGUCUGAGCUGGUGAAGUUUGCUCUCAAAGCCCAGAGAUGCUCCUCGUCGGUCUACUCAGAUUCUCGGUGUUGGACCAGUUUACUGAAAGUGGUCUGCUCGCCUCAUGGCUCUCCGACUGCCCUGCCCGUACCCAGCCAACAGUUUCUAUACGAGUCGCGGGAUGCCAUUAUAGACCAGCUCAAUCAGCAGGGUUACAACAUACAGAUUUCCCGCUGCUUUCUCAGGACAUACCCAGAUCAGGCCUUGUUGCUGUUGGUAACAGGAGCCUUGGGUGUCAGAAUCCUUCAGGGUUCUUUUAGUCCAGCUCUGCCUAUUCUCCAUGCUUAUAAGGACAACUUGUGGGCCUUUCAGUGGCUGUGUGAUGGCAUGACUUCCAGUAAAGACCGUCUCAAGUCCUUCCUGAAGGAGAUCGCACAGGAGUCGUCAAACACACCAGGAAAUCAGCUGGUUGUUGAUAUCAAGCCCUUCCAAGUAAAGUUUCCUUCAGAGGUUCAGCUCUGAAGCUCUACAGUCUCACCUGGAUGAUCUUGCCUGUGCUGAGCCCACAUCUUCCAAAAAGGACUGGGUUUUUUUUCUUUUUUUUUUUUUUUAUCUCAAUGUGAAGCCAUGUGGGACUUUUGUUGGAUUUCUUGCUUACUUUAAACACCAUUACAGUAACGCUGCGCAACAGUAAGAAUCUGCUGUCAUGUGCUUUACAUCUGAACCUCUGUCUGCGGCGCGGUGGAUGGUAGGAAUGUUCAUCAGGUGACGCACACACAGAGAAAGAGAGAACUCUUUACUCUUUCACACUUUUGUUGCCACUUAUUAAACUAAACAUUUUUGCACUAAACACAUCUUCAGUUUGAAUUCACCCAUUUCUCUGCAUGUAAUUUAAUGAAACUGGUUUUUGAUGCACUGUACAAUAACACUGGUUUUAGACCAUUACCUGUAGAUAUGUUGCUUUAUGCAGUUUGAAAAUCAGUCAUCUACUUCAACAAUUUAGACAAAGCUGAAAGAUAACUUUAAAAAAUAACUUUAGAACAAACUAAUACUGAAAUUAGUUUUCAUUUAAUUAUUUGCUUAUGUUGAUAAAGGUUCCUGUGCAGGUCUGAUUUACAGACAUGCACAGCAAAAUGAACAUUUCAGAUGGAAAAAUAAUUAUUUCCAUACUAUUAAAAAACAUUUAACUGUUUUUUUUCUACUUUCAUAUUUAAAACAGCCAGAGCAGCUCUGCUGCUGUACAGUCUUAUUGAAUCUACUUUUGAAGAUUAACCAAAUAUUUGCAGAGUGCUGCUAAGGUGGACAUGAAUUCUGUUUCUGCUCCUGUCUAAUGAUUGUCUUUCAUGUUCAUUAGGAAUCAAACUGCCAUCAGUGUUAAUGAUUUCUGAGAUAAUCUGGUUUAAUAAAUGACUCCAGUGUUUGGCCAUGUUCUUUUCUCUGACUUUAUUUUCAAAGUAAUCAUAAACAAUAGAAUAUAUCACAUUUAUUACAUAUAUAAAUAAAAUAUAUUCCAGUAAUUUUGCACUCUUUAGCUGCUGUUUGAUUUUUAAAGCCAAAGUAAUGUUCAUAUAUUAAUAGGUUAAAACUUUUGCAGUCAAAAUUAGGCAAAUUCUUCAAAAUGGAAAACUUUCAGUCAUUGUUGAAAAAGUUUAUUUUAUGCAUUAAAGUUAGGAAGCUCAACACUUAUGCGGAUGCAAGUUGCUGACAGUCGGUAUUAAAAAACUUAACAAAAAUAAACCCUCAAUUUUAGGGUUUCAUAUGCUUUGGAUUUUAUUAAAUAAAUCUUGAAAAGAAAUAUUGCAGAUUUUGAUUUCUCUGAUUUGCUUUGUUUUACAUCAUCUAUAAUCAUGACAUUUAUACUUAGGGUUGCAUAGUUUGACUAGCUUAAAUAAUCAAAAUGACAAAAAGGUUUUUGUUCUGAAAAAA